AUGGAUCGCACGUGCGACUUCGUUAGUAUUACGGUGCUGUUCGCUACAGGCCAAUCGCGGCCGCACACGCACCGUCCUCUUUCUCGUGAUGCGCGCCUGGCACAGCAGAUCUCAGAUCAAUUACGGCAGCAAGAAUUGUGUUUACGGGAGCUGCAAGAUAUCGUAAUUAAGAAGUCCAUUAUCGGGGACGAUCAAAGCGCACAGAUUGCGACACUAACAGAUGUGCUAAAGAAAGAAUUAGGUGCUGCUGAGCGUAGCAUUGAAAGUUUUUGGCAGAAAGUCAAAGCACAACGGGGCAGCCAUCAGCAGCAUAACCAGGCACAUUUUGCUAUCGUUUGUCAGUCGCUCAAGUCGCGCUGCGCAAAAAGUGUACAAGCCUUUCACCAAGCGUUGCAACAGCAUACCGCGGCCAUCCGCGAGCGUAGCUCGAGACGCAGCAAAUUUUCGCAUGGAGGGGGUAAUCUCAUGGUUCAUAUAAAUGCACCGCUAUUUUUCCGCACGAAUGCAACUUUUAAUGGACAUCCGGUUUUGCCAACUAACAGUAAGGCACCUCAACAUUUGCUGCAGAAUCGGCCAUCUUGUAACUUCGCUGUCAGGAGUGGAUUUCAGGCAUUAACUGCUGCUUCACUGGCUGAGCAAAGUGCUACACCGACAUUGAGUCCGCCACCUCCUGAGGCGAAGCUUCGUCGUCGCGCUAACUUUGGAGCUAGUCCGAUUAUGCAGCAGCGCUUAGCACCUCCUGAAAAUGUUACAGGGAUGCAGUCGCAGCAAUAUCGUUCUCAUGAAGAUGCUCAGACGAGGCACGCAAAUGCGGCACAAGUGGAAAGUACCAUUGUAGAGAUAACGAACAUGUAUACACGAAUGGCAUCCAUGGUUGCUCAGCAAGGGGAGAUUAUCUCGCGCAUUGAUGACGAUAUACAUAUAGCUCAAACAAAUGUGGAGGCCGCACACGACGAGCUGCUAAAGCUCUUUAAUAUGGUGCAGAGCAACCGAUCUUUAAUUGUCAAGAUUUUUCUGGUGCUGGUUGUCGUCAUAUUUCUUUUCGUCGUCAUCUUUUAA